AAAUGUGAUCAUGCAAUUGUUGGAGGUGUUAACAUCAUUCUUCAUGAUACUGUCACUGAAGUGCUGAAGAACGCUGGAGUGCUGUCAGCAAAGGGGACUUGUCGAGUGUUCGACGCCGGUGCUGACGGCUACGUUCGUUCAGAAGCAGUAGGUUGUAUCCUUCUGUCUAGAAACGGUUCAGAAGCUAGGUUUAGGAUACGGCACUGGGCUGUAGGGCACAAUGGCCACGCUAGUGCCCAAUGGGACGUCCCAGGAAAGAUUAAUGCGGUCUUUGAACUCAGGAAAAGUGGACCAUGUGGAAUGCCAUGGAACGGGACCUCCUUAGGCGAUCCGAUAGAGAUUCGAGCGGUUUCGAGGUGCUACGGUGCUGCCACCAUCUCCAGUAUAAAACACCUUGUUGGCCAUGCCGAAGCUGCUUCUGGUAUUGUCUCAUUGUUGGCCUGUUUGGAACAAAUGAAGCACAAUUACAGGACGGCACAAAGGUGUUUCGAUUGUCCUAAUCCUAAGGCUGACUUCGGUGAACUCAUAGUUAGCGCAAUCGGUGAGGAAGUCUGCGUAGAUCGUAUGGCAAUCAAUAACUUUGGAUUCAGUGGAACUAACUGUUCGAUAGUUGUUGAGAAGUUACCACAGCGGAUCACCUCUGGAAGGGCGUGUACUAAGUAUUACCUAGCUCCGCUCUCCUCUGCCGAUAAGGGUUCUUUGAAAAGGAUAGUUGAAGAAUUCAAGGCUUACGUCGAGCAAUCCGAUCAGCUGAUCAGUGAUAUCUGCACGAGACUCCAAAAGGGACGGCCGUCCUACAGAUAUCGCCAUUGUAUCCUCUAUGACUUCAGAAGACACAUCGUUUGGGAAACUGGAGAACCCACGGAUGAUUCCGAAUUUUUCAUGCCUCUUCAUCUACCCGCUUUGAUGGCAUUUGCAUACGGUCCAGGAUUCUCCAACUAUGACCAAAAUAACUCAGAAGGCUUCACAGGCUUCUUCAAGCAGCUUAUUCCCGGUCUGAACCCACAGAAGAUGCCAACGCACCCCAUGACUCCUUGUCGCUUCCAUCAGUUCAUCGCAAAUUCAUACACUGAUGGCUAUUCCAUCAACUGGACCGUGUACAACACUGAAGCACAAAAUAAGGACACGCUGUUGCCUCACUACCAGUUCAACAACAGGAAAUAUUGGCCCUUUGAAAAACAAUUCUCGGAGUUCUCGCUUGAAGACAUUUUCGAGUGCGUCUUCUACGAAGAUUCAUAUCGUUACGUCGAGAGAUUGGUUCCCCUAAAGCUGGGGAAAACCCAUUUCACGAGACCGCAGCACCUGCUUAUCACAGGUGGGACAGGAGGUAUAGGAAAACAUUUGAUUGAGUUCAUGAAUGCAAAGAGAACAACGGUGAUCACCAGAAACGCCAGACAUGUACCCAGCAGAAGUGAAGGACCACCUAGAACUUUUGUUGAAUCCGACCUGGUUGCACUGAGCCUACCUGAAGGUGAACACUACGACGUUGUUGUUCAUUGCGCCGGAGCAGUAGAUAACGCCCUCAUGGCUUCGAUGGACCUCCAUCGGUUUGAAAAUGUAUGCCGACCAAAAUCUGCUGGUCUGCGCACCCUCUUAAAGAGUCUAAAGGAGAGGAAUCCCAGACAAGUGGUGGUUGCCUCGUCAGUGGCUUCAAUACUUGGUUCACGAGGACAAGCGAAUUACGCCUUUGCAAAUGGAUUGAUGACCUCUAUAGCCGAAAUGUCGGAAUCGCCCACCAUGGUGAUUCACUGGGGACCGUGGAAGAACACUGGCAUGCUUAAAGGCAAUCAUGCCAGUACAGUAUUCAAACAAUUGCAAGCUAUUGGCUGGGAAGCACUAGAACCCUCAGAGGCACUGGAAGUGUUCAAUACGAAUGCAACAAAUGUGAUGGUGUUCCGCGGCGACUUCGAGCUGAUAGCUAAGCAACAAGAACAUCUACGAAAGUUUCUCAGCGAGAUCGUCCCCUUCAACACAUCCAGCCACUCAACGGAAUCACUCAGUAGGCACCUUACACUGGAGCCCGAGAUAACGGAAAGGUCAGACGAGCGUCUACUCGUGGAGAUCAUCGCCCGUAUCAGCGGAAUCGACCGGAUAGCUGAUGAGAGGCAUACCCCACUGAUGAACUUGGGUAUGGACUCGUUAAUGAUCGAAGAACUUCGCGUAGCUAUCAAUAGGGAAUUUGGCUGUGCCUUCAAAGCUACAGAUAUCUACGACAACUGUACAUUAGAUAAACUAGUCAGUUUGGUUACCAGUUGCGCUAAGCCACGAUUGAAAAGCAGCGUCCUUCCCACAAACCCUCCAGCCACUCCUAAUACUGGCAAAGGUGGCGACAUAGCCAUCAUAGGGUACAGUGGCGCCUUCUCUGGUUGCAAGAAUGUUGACGAGUUCUGGGAUAACCUCCUGGCCGGCAAGGAGUGCAUUUCCAGAGCAGAUUCUCCUGAAGAGGGUUUUGUUGACGCUGCUGGUCUGAUCGAUGACGUCGAUAAAUUUCGACCAUAA